GCCGCACCAUGCGAAGCGCCCGGGCGCUGCUGCUCGCCCUCGCCCUUCGGGUUUACGCUCUGGACACCGAAACCCCCGCCGGGGAGAGUCUUUUUCUCUUCCUUGCUUCUUCCUGAGAGUGCCAUGGCCUUUCCCAGAGCUCCCAGGCAGUGCAGUCCCCACCAGGAUCCUGUGCUGGGAUGCUGCAGAAAAUCCCACUCACCAGGUGGCUGCACUUUUGAGGAGGAGGGGGACCCGAAGCUGUGUGAGUACAGCCAGGGCCAGGACGAUGACUUCGGGUGGGAGCUGCUCCGCAGUCACACCGUGCCACACCUGACAGCUGACCUGCCCCACGGCUCCUACCUGAUGGUCAACUCCUCUCAGCACUCCCCAGGACAGAAAGCUCACCUGCUCUUCCAGGCUCUGAGUGAGAAUGACACCCACUGCCUGCAGUUCAGUUACUUCAUGUACAGCAGGGAUGGGCACAGCCCUGGCACUCUCCGUGCCUACGUGCGGGUGCCGGGGGCUCCCUCGGGCAGCGCCGUCUGGAACGCCUCGGGCUCCCACGGCCGCCAGUGGCACCAGGCAGAGCUGGCAGUCAGCUUGUUCUGGCCCAGUGAGUACCAGGUCCUCUUCGAGGCAGUGAUCUCCAGUGAGCGCCGGGGCUACCUGGGCUUGGAUGACAUUUUGCUCCUGAACUACCCAUGCUCAAAAGCCCCUCAUUUCUCCCGCCUGGGUGACGUGGAGGUGAAUGCAGGGCAGAAUGCCACCUUCCAGUGUGUGGCUGCUGGCAAGGCAGCUGAGGCUGAGCACUUCCUGAUGCAGAGGCUGAGUGGUGAGAUGAUCCCUGCUGCCUCUGUGAAGCACAUCAGCCACCGACGCUUCCUGGCCACCUUCCAGCUGGAUGAGGUGUCCAAGGAGGAGCAGGACCUGUACCGCUGUGUCACUCAGUCCACACGGGGCUCAGGUGUCUCCAACUUUGCUGAGCUCAUUGUCAAAGAUCCCCCCACACCCAUUGCACCCCCUCAGCUGCUCCGGGCUGGCUCCACCUACCUCAUCAUCCAACUCAACACCAACUCCAUCACUGGGGAUGGCCCCAUCGUGCGCAAGGAGAUCGAGUACCGCAUGACCUCGGGGCCCUGGUCAGAGGUCCACGCAGUCAACAUGCAGACCUACAAACUCUGGCACUUGGAUCCAGACACAGAGUAUGAGAUCAGUGUCCUGCUCACCCGCCCUGGGGAGGGGGGCACUGGCAAACCAGGACCACCCCUCAUCAGUCGCACCAAGUGUGCAGAGCCCAUGCGGGCCCCCAAGGGUUUGGCUUUCUCAGAGAUCCAGUCCAGGCAGCUGACCUUGCAGUGGGAGCCUCUGGGCUACAACCUGACCCGCUGUCACACCUACACUGUCUCUCUCUGCUACCGCUAUUUCGUGGGCAUCGGGCACAACCAAACCUUCCGGGAGUGCGUCAAGAUGGAGAGGAACACCAACCACUACACCAUCAAAAACCUCCUGCCCUACAAGAACAUCCAUGUCAAGCUCAUCCUCUCCAACCCCGAGGGGCGGAAGGAAGGCAAGGAGCUGGUCUUCCAGACGGAUGAGGAUGUGCCUGGUGGCAUUGCCUCCGAGUCCCUCACCUUCACCCCACUGGAGGACAUGAUAUUCCUGAAGUGGGAGGAACCAGUGGAACCCAAUGGGCUCAUCACACAGUACGAGAUCAGCUACCAGAGCAUCGAGUCCUCUGACCCAGCAGUCAACGUGCCGGGCCCGCGCCGCACCGUCUCCAAACUCCGCAACGAGACCUACCACGUCUUCUCCAACCUCCACCCUGGCACCACCUACCUCUUCUCAGUCCGGGCCCGCACUGGCAAGGGCUUUGGCCAGACUGCACUCACCGAGAUCACCACCAACAUCUCAGCUCCCACCUUUGACUAUGGGGACAUGCCAUCCCCACUGGGCGAGUCAGAGAGCACCAUCACCGUGCUGCUGCGGCCAGCGCAGGGCAGAGGGGCUCCCAUCAGCACCUACCAGGUCAUCGUAGAAGAAGAGCGGCCCAAGAAGCUGAAGCGGGAGCUGGGGGGACAGGAGUGCUUCCCGGUGCCACUCACCUUUGAUGAUGCUGUGUCCCGGGGCUCUGUUCACUAUUUUGGGGCAGAGCUGCCUGCCAGCAGCCUCACUGAAGCCAAACCCUUCACCGUGGGAGACAACCAGACCUACAGUGGUUACUGGAACCCACCACUGGAGCCCAAGAAGGCGUAUCUCAUCUACUUCCAAGCCAUGAGCAACCUCAAAGGGGAAACGCGGCUGAACUGCGUCCGGAUCGCCCGCAAAGCUGCCUGCAAAGAGAGCAAACGUCCCCUGGAGGUGUCACAGCACUCAGAGGAGAUGGGCCUGAUCCUGGGGAUCUGUGCUGGAGGACUCAUAGUCCUGAUCAUCCUCCUGGGAGCCAUCAUCGUCGUCAUUCGGAAAGGAAAACCAGUCAACAUGACCAAGGCCACCAUCAACUACCGCCAGGAGAAGACUCACAUGAUGAGUGCCAUCGACCGGAGCUUCACCGACCAGAGCACGCUGCAGGAGGACGAGCGCCUGGGGCUCUCCUUCAUGGACACCCACAACUACAGCAACAGAGGUGACCAACGCAGCAGUGUGGUCAAUGAGUCCAGCAGCCUCCUGGGGGGCUCCCCCCGCCGCCAGUGUGGCCGCAAAGGGUCCCCGUAUCACACUGGGCAGCUCCAUCCUGCUGUGAGGGUGGCAGAUCUCCUCCAGCACAUCAAUCAGAUGAAGACAGCAGAAGGCUAUGGCUUCAAGCAAGAGUAUGAGAGUUUCUUUGAGGGCUGGGAUGCUUCAAAGAAGAAAGACAAGACCAAAGGGAGACAGGAUCACGUGUCAACAUAUGACCGUCACCGAGUGAAGCUGCACCCGCUGCUGGGGGACCCCAACUCAGACUACAUCAAUGCCAACUACAUCGAUGGCUACCACAGGUCCAACCACUUCAUAGCCACCCAAGGGCCCAAGCAGGAGAUGGUGUAUGACUUCUGGCGCAUGGUGUGGCAGGAGCACUGUUCCAGCAUCGUGAUGAUCACCAAGCUGGUGGAGGUGGGCCGGGUGAAAUGCUCCAAAUACUGGCCAGAUGACUCUGAGAUGUAUGGGGACAUCAAGAUCACCCUGGUGAGGUCAGAGACCUUGGCUGAGUACGCCGUCCGCACCUUCGCUCUGGAGAGGCGGGGCUACUCUGCCCGACAUGAGGUGAAACAGUUCCACUUCACCUCCUGGCCUGAGCACGGGGUCCCCUACCACGCCACGGGGCUCUUGGCGUUCAUCCGCAGGGUGAAGGCGUCCACGCCGCCCGACGCCGGCCCCAUCGUCAUCCACUGCAGUGCUGGCACAGGGAGGACUGGCUGCUACAUCGUCCUGGAUGUUAUGUUGGAUAUGGCUGAGUGUGAGGGCGUCGUGGACAUCUACAACUGUGUGAAGACCUUGUGCUCACGGAGGAUCAACAUGAUCCAGACAGAGGAGCAAUAUGUCUUCAUCCAUGAUGCCAUCCUGGAAGCCUGCCUGUGUGGGGAGACCAGCAUCCCUGCCAGUGAGUUCAAGCCCACCUACAAGGAGAUGGUGAGGAUAGAGCCGCAGAGCAACUCCUCACAGCUGCGGGAGGAGUUUCAGACCCUGAACUCAGUGACUCCCCACCUGGAUGUGGAGGAGUGCAGCAUCGCCCUCCUGCCCCGCAACCGGGAGAAGAACCGCAGCAUGGACGUCCUGCCGCCCGACAGAUGCCUUCCCUUCCUCAUCUCCGUGGAUGGAGACAGCAACAACUACAUCAACGCGGCCUUAACUGAUAGCUACACCAGGAGUGCUGCCUUCAUUGUCACCCUGCACCCUCUGCAGAACACGACCGCCGACUUCUGGCGCUUGGUCUACGACUACGGCUGCACCUCGAUCGUCAUGCUCAACCAGCUCAACCAGUCCAACUCUGCCUGGCCCUGUCUCCAGUACUGGCCUGAGCCUGGGCUCCAGCAGUACGGCCCCAUGGAGGUGGAAUACGUGUCCGGAGCGGCGGAUGAGGACAUCGUGUCCCGUCUGUUCCGAGUCCAGAACAUCACCCGGUUGCAGGAGGGGCACCUGAUGGUCCGACACUUCCAGUACCUGCGGUGGUCGGCUUAUCGAGACACCCCAGACUCCAAGAAAUCCUUCCUGCACCUCCUGGCCCAAGUGGAGAGGUGGCAGAAGGAGAGUGGUGAUGGCAGGACUGUGGUGCACUGCCUGAACGGAGGUGGCCGGAGUGGCACCUUCUGUGCCUCCACCAUGAUCCUGGAGAUGAUCAAAUGUCACAACAUGGCAGAUGUUUUCUAUGCUGCAAAGACCCUCCGAAACUACAAACCAAAUAUGGUGGAGACCUUGGAGCAGUAUCAUUUCUGCUAUGACAUAGCACUGGAAUAUCUGGAGUCCCUGGAGACCAGAUAGCACCUGGCCAGGAGGGCUUGCCAAGGGCUCUGCCAACCGCGCCUUUCGCGCUCGGACGUUGCGUUCGUGCUGAAGGUGAGGAGGGGAAACAGCGAAGGACCCGAGGAGGAAACCCAUCAGAUGAGGAAAAAGGAAAGGACGUGGGGAUGUGGUGACCACUCCCCAUCUUUCACCCUCCACUCUCCAUCUUCCCACCCCAAACGUGUCCCCGUGGCCCAAGGUCGGAUGCCACAACUCGUCCCGUCCCUGCGUCGCGGCGGUGGGGUCGGUGUCUGCAGGAUGUGGCCCCGUGGUGCUUCCUGGGCAUCUCCAAAGCAGUUGGAGAGGAGACCAGGGAGGGGAGGAGCUGAACAGAAGGAGCCAAGGCCGUUUCCCAGCAGAGAAGGAUGGAUAUUUGGAGAAGAGAUCUUCUUUUUUAAUUACCCGUGGAGUUGAAGCUGCUCUUCUGAGGAGCCCAGAUGGCUGCUGGCAGGUUUUGCCCUUGAUGGGGGACGUGCUCUGAGCCAGAGCAAAGGUUCUGAAAGGAGCUCUUCAGUUUCUGCCUCUUUGCAUCAUGAGUUCAAUCUUCAUUUUCUUUAGUUCUGUGAGUUGCAGCCCUUUGUAUAUCCAGCCCUGGACAGAAGCAGGGAUGUGGAAUGGUGGUGGGAGGUGGAGGGUGCUGAGCAUGGCCAUGUUCCUCUGCAGGGAACAACCCUGCAGGCAUUUCUGCAAAGCUUUUCAAGCAGUGGUCUUCCUCCAUCUCUACGUUGUCUUCUUCAUUUGUAGCAAUUAAUUCCUGCUGGGCUGACCCACAGACACCAGCCCUGGGGCUGGUUUUAAGCCUUCCCUUGUGAGUCCCUGUGUGUGAGCCACCUUUGGUAGCCAGAAACCCUCAAAGUUUGGGUCCAUCCCUUGUUGCCUCCUGGGUGGCUCUCUCAGGCAGUUGUCCAUUGAUGCAGCUUGGCUUUUGCUGGGCUUGGUGAGGUUUGGUGGUGGGGUUGGUGUGGGGUGAGCCCUGAGCCAUGGCAGGGCUGUGGGGCUGGGCAAGGGGAGGUCCCCACCCCCCUGGUGCCACUUGGGACAAGUGUAUGGGGACAGGGAUUGAAGGUGCCUGGUACUUCUUGGCUUCGUCCUGCUCUGGUGGGGUGUGAGAUGUCACUUUUGUUCUGAUCUUGUGGUAAUUCCAGGGGUUUCUGCUCUAAGGGGGAGAGCCUGGCUGUAAGGAAGCUGUAGUCGGGGUUUUCAUUCCCCCCAAAUGUCCUCAAGGAGGUGCAACCAGAGGGCUGGCAGGGCUGGGAUCUGCUGUAGGGACUUGAGGAACCAAGAGGAGGUUGCUUCUGUCUUCAGGGCUAGAAAGAACUCUUCACAGCCAUUUUUUGGGAUGUGAAACUGUCCUGCAUAGGCUGGAGGUUGCCUGUGAGUAGCCCCAUCCAUCAUGUGUCCCCCACAUCCAUCAUAUAUGUCCCCCCCAUCCAUCAUGUGUCUUCCCAUCCAUCAUCUGUCCCCCCCAUCCAUCAUGCUCCCUUCAUCCAUCAUCUGUCCCCCCAUCCAUCAUGCUCCCCUCAUCCAUCAUGUCCCUCCUAUUUUCAUGGUGUCCCCCCCAUUCUUUGUGUCCCUUCCCAUCACCCCUCCUGCUCUUUGUCCCCACCAUUCUCCCCAUGGCAGGGGCAGCCUCUUGACUGCCCAGAGGUUGGAGAUCCAUGGCACAACCCCAAGCUUUGGAAGAUGCCAUUUGACCAAACCAAUCUGCAGCACGAAGGCCCCAGAGCCCCAAGGGCUGAGUCCUGGAUGAGCAAGCCCAGGAGAUGCUUCCAUCCAACUUCCAAGGGUGGAGGGGAGCAACAAGAUCAACCUCUGCCCCCUCCCCACCUUGGGGAAUGUCCCACCCAGGGGUGGGGAUGGGCAUCUCAGCAUCAUCAGAAAGUUUUGCUUCCCUGGCUGCUCACCCAGUAACUCAGAGGGCCUGACAAGGGCUCUAAACCUCAUCCUGCUUUGUUUCCAUCCCUGCUCCCUCCCCCUGCUCUGUGCCCACACUGUCUGUGUGACCAAAUAGUCCUUUUACCCUCCCCAGAGUCUCCAGAAUGGUCCAGUUACACCAGUACUGGGUAACACCAGUGACUGGUGACACCAACACUCCCAGUGAGUCUUGACCUGGAAUAAAUCCCUGUCCUUUUCCCAUUCCCAUCUUUCCAUAGACAUGUCCCCACUGUCCCACGGUGCCUCAGGGAAGGUGCUGAGUGAUGGGUGCAGAGAGGUCCCAGGGUGCAGAAAUUGGUUGGUUUUGGAUGAAAAGGGCUGAGCUGAACCUCUGAAAUUCCCAAGGAUGGGAUGGUGGGGGUGUCAGUCAGCCCUGGGAUUGGGGGGGGAUGGAGGGAUGAUCCUGCUUCAUCCCAGACCUGCCAGGAGCCUGAGCCACCUCCAUCCAUCCUCACUUCAGCAUCCUUCACAGGUAAAGUGUUGCUAGAAGGACAAAUCAUAAAAAAAAAAAAGAAAAUUAGGACCCCAUUUAGUCCUCAUGAGACAGCAGAGGCUGGAGGAGGUGUAUAUAUGCUUUAAAAGUGAGAUAUUUUUCUUUUUAUAUCUCCUUGCUGGAUGUCUCUGGGUUUUUAGGGCAUCUCUUCUGGAAGGCCAGACUUUGAAAUCAAAAGUGCUAUAAAAACCAAGUGAGCUCCCAACUCCUACUGAGAUGAUGUGAGGCAAGGACAUCCUGUACAUAGAAAUAUAUAUAGAAAUAUCUAUAUAAAAAUAUAAAUACUGUUCUUAAGAUGGAUAAUGUUUCUUGGUAUUACAGACUGGAGUGGUGCUUUUUUUGUUCCUUUCUUUCUUUUUAAUAAAAACAACACACACACAAAUUAAAACCCAAGAAAACACCAAAUUGGAACAGUUUGGGCUAUAUGCAAAAAAAGUGACCCCAAAAGGGACUGGUACCACGAGGCUGCUCCACUAUGGAGAGGGAAAGUGUGCUGGGACUGAAGGAGGGAUGGGAAGGAGGGAGACAUCUGAUGGGGAUUGUUCCACACACAUCCAGCUGUUGUGAACUGGUUUGGCUUUGGUUUAUUUUUUGUUUCGUUUUGGGUUUUUUUUUAAAUUUUAUUAUUAUUAUUUUUGGCUUUCUUUCCUUUUAAGAAAAUCAGCUGCAUAAAUAAAUGUUCCAAAUUUGU